AUGGCCUUCAUAGACUUAGGAACCUCUGCCCUAGCAACAUUCACCGCCCAUCUACAACAUUUUCUUCACCCGCUUCGUUCAUAUCCUGGCCCAUGGUACUCGACCAUUAGUAUCGCGUGGUUUGUCUAUCAUGGUGCAAGGGGAGACGUCGCAUUCGCGAUUCACGAACUACAUGAGAUAUAUGGGCCCGUCGUCAGGAUCGCGCCGGACGAGCUGUCCUACACACAAUCCGAAGCAUGGAAAGAUGUAUACGGACCUCACGGAGGCACUGGCUAUAUGGAAGACCCAUCGCAGACCUUCACGAAGAACCCGGCGCAUCCAAAUAUCAUGGUUGCUCCUUGA